UUAAUCCGUCCUCUUCCGGUGGCGUUUACGCUCACUGUUUUAACGGGUGGCGUUAAGGCGCUGCCAAACCUGGCAACAAAAUAAAUUUUGUCUAGCGUAAUCUAUGCAGCUGAAAUCCCCUGCUAUGGCUCCUUAAAGGAGUGAAGAAAGCGGCGGAUUCAUGCUCAUUAGGUGACCGGAAUCAGCCUUCUUUUCGAGACUCUGCACCCCGAAACGCAAACGUCUGCGCGGACGCUGGAGAAGCUACAAUGAGCUCGGAGCACCAGAGCGACAGCGAGGACGCCGACGAUUCGCGGGACAGGCCCAACGGCGGCAGCGUCUCCGACAAAGAAGAAGACCCUGACAUUGACGAUUCAGAUGAGGAAGAUGACAUCGCUCGGAGGGCUUCUCCUUCGCUGCCGGCUAGCAGCGAGCAUCUACCGGUGCCUAGCGCAGGGUCUCCCGUGUUGGACGAGCGAGAGCCCCGCUGCCGACCGGCCACCGCACCACCGAAGGAGAGCGGCGGUGGUUCCGACGCUGACAGCGGUAGGGGGAUUAGCCUGUUUUCCUGGUUGCAGAGUAGGACUAUAAGACGAGGGGUGUUUGUGGACCCAGCAAGGGAUAACUUCAGGACAAUGACAAGCUUGUACCGCUCUAUGAAUCCGGCUGUAGAGUCUGUCAACCUGAGCACAAAGACCCAUGGAGCCGUCUUCAACCUGGAGUACUCCCCGGAUGGGUCUGUGCUGACUGUGGCCUGCGAACAAACUGAGGUCCUGCUGUUUGAUCCAAUCUCAUCCAGACACAUCAAAACCCUGACCGAGGCCCACGAGGAUUGUGUCAACAACAUAAGGUUUUUGGACAAUCGUUUGUUUGCCACCUGCUCCGACGACACCACAAUUGCAUUAUGGGAUCUGCGUAAGUUGAACUCCAAGGUUUGCUCCUUACACGGCCAUGCCAGCUGGGUGAAGAACAUCGAGUAUGACACUAACACUCGUCUCCUUGUCACAUCUGGCUUUGAUGGUAAUGUCAUCACAUGGGACACUAACAGGUUUACAGAGGAUGGCUGCCCGCACAAAAAGUUCUUCCACACUCGCUACUUAAUGAGGAUGCGCCUGACACCUGACUGUUCCAAGAUGCUCAUUUCUACUUCCUCUGGGUACCUGCUCAUCCUCCAUGACCUAGACCUCACCCAGUCCCUCGAGGUGGGCAGCUACCGCAUGCUGCGGGCACGACGGACUCCCCUCAGCUCAGACGGAGGCACAUCAGCAUCAAGAUCAGCUGGUACUCCUCGCCAGGGAAAUGACUCAAGCAAGAUCCACCCUCACAGAGAAGGUCUUUCUCCCAGAAACAGCCUGGAGGUGUUGACUCCAGAGAUCCCUGGCGAGAGGGAUAGAGGGAACUGCAUCACUUCCCUGCAGCUCCAUCCUAAAGGCUGGGCCACUCUCAUCCGCUGCUCCAGCAACAUGGACGACCAGGAGUGGACGUGUGUGUAUGAGUUCCAGGAGGGAGCACCUACUCGCCCGCUGGUCUCCCCCCGCUGCUCCCUCCGCCUUACCCACUACAUCGAGGAGGCCAACGUGGGCCGGGGCUACAUCAAGGAGCUGUGCUUCAGCCCAGAUGGACGGCUCAUCUGUUCCCCUUACGGCUACGGCGUCCGCCUGCUGGCCUUUGACGAGCGCUGUGGCGAGCUGGUCGACUGCCUGCCCAUCCAGACCAGCUGCCUCAGGGAGAUACGCUCCAUCUACUCGCACAGUGACGUCGUGCUCACCACCAAGUUCUCCCCAACACACUGCCAGCUGGCCUCUGGGUGCCUCAGUGGGCGUGUUGCCCUUUACCAGCCCAAGUUUUAGUAUCCGGUGCUGUUGAAGAAAGAUGAGCUACAGGCCUCAGUAAAGAAGUACUGAUCAAGGUUUCUGCACCGAAAGUCUAAAAUAUAUCAAAGAGGCAUUAAUUUAUUAAUAAUCACAUAACAAUCUAUUAAAAAAAUUGCAUUACCCUAGUGUAAAUUAUACAGCUACAUAUUUUCUUUGAUUUUAGACUUUUGUCAUCAUAUCUUUAUGGAUUGUUUAGCUACUGAAAAAUAUGGCAUCCUUCUGUAUGUCAUAACUAUUAAAGGAAAAGUAGUUAAAAACUCUAAAAGAAAAAUAACAUGUAGGAAUCCUAAAUCAGAUUCCUGGCAUUUGUUGGUGGAUCAGAUGAGCGAGAAUUUCCAAAAAGUGUGAGCGCGACAUAAACGUCAAUUUUUGGAGGCUCCAAUUGUCUUUAAAAUACUCAGUGAAAUAUUGUGACUUUUUUUUUCUCUCUUUGAGCUUUUUCCCAAUAAACUAAGGAAUGAAAAAAAACCUUAAAAGUACUUCUUAACCCAGGUCUGCAGCAGCUAAGCAGGCUGAGUUUGUUUGGAUUGUAGUUGUCAGCUGAUAGCCAUUGACUUGGGAAAACAAAAAUUAAAAAGAGGGAGAAGACCAGACUGCAGUGGUAGUUGGAAACUUUCAGCUUCUCUGUCUGAAAAGAUGCAAAAAAAAAAAAAAAAAAAAAAA